GGUCGGGACACGUCCCAGUGCCAUGUCCGGCCUCGCCAGCAGGGUCGCAACUGCGCUCGCUCGCUGCAUGGCGCCCUCGCGCAAGCGCUGCCAGCACACGGACGAACGCGCAUCCACCGGCAUGAGCGUCAACGAGUGCUGCGCGAUCUGCCUGGAGACGGACGAAGGUGACGGUGUCGGCCGCUGGUCCCGCAUGAGCUGCGGCCACCGCUAUCACGCGGCAUGCAUUCAAAGAUGGGCAAGGGAGAGUGGUGCGUGCCCCAUCUGCAGCGCCGAGCUACCAGCCGACCUUCGCAGGCUGUCCGAGUUUGGCAGUCGCGGAAGUCCAGACUCCGGUCGUGGUGCACCCUGCUCGUCUGAGCUGAUCGUGCCCUUGCACCUGCACGUCCGGCGCUGCCCCGGCUGUCACGGCCCCAUUGAGAAGGUGGGAGGCUGCAACCAAAUGCGCUGUCGCUGCGGCCAGCAGUUUGACUGGCGGGAGGCCGCACCCGUGACGUCCCGAAAUAGCCUUCGUGUUGCGAUGCCCGAAGGACCGGUACCGCGGCUCGUCUGCGCGAUUGGGAUCACCUGGUGGUGCGGAGGCACGUUUGCCCUCAAGGGCGUGGCCACCACCAUUCUUGUGUGCGGGGCAGUCUGGCUCGUCUGCUGUGCACUUGUCGCGUGGGUCGUCAACGUCGUGCUUCAGGCGAUAGGCGAGGCGAUCGCCGAGGGAUUGCGCGAGGGGCUACGCGAGGCGAUUCGGGGAAGGUGACCACGGUAGUGGUUGACUGUAGGGUGGCUGUGGGUGGCUGGUACGGUGCUCGAUCAGAACAGGAGUACCACAGGCACAAUUGUCGCGUGCACCGCACGCGGGCCACAGAGGAAGUCCACAAGAUAGGGAGGUGUCUCGUCGGUCAUAUGUUCCGAUAUCGGCUUUGAUAGCGAAAUAUUCGU